GGAGCGGCGCGGGGCGGCGGCGGGCGGCGAUGUCUGCAUGUGCCAGACCGUCUUCCCGGCCCACGCCAACCAGCGAGGGGAACUGAGCGCCGGGCAGCUCCUCAAGUGGAUGGACGCCACCGCCUGCCUCGCAGCAAGCUCAACAUGCCAGUCAGGGAUUUGUUUGGCUUUACCAUCUUUCACCCGCAUUAGUGCCAGCUGCUGCAGUUGCAAGUGCCUGGGCUUUGCACCCUCCUCAUCUCAUAUCCUGCUGCUUUAGAUGUGAUCCACCUGACUCGCUGCUUCCUUGCUUUUGAGGCUAUUUAUGACUAUCACCUUCCUGUAUUACCCGUCACAGUGGCAACUCCAGCCUCUUAGUCAUUAGUGACCUCUUCCCUUUCGUCGCAGUUUGCUGUCUUUCUGCUGAGAAACAUGCUGGUGUGUCUUGUGUGACAGCGUCUAUGGAUGACAUACAAUUUGAAGAGGCUGCCAGGGUUGGACAAAUUAUUACCAUCAAAGCAAAGGUGAACAGAGCAUUCAAAACCAGCAUGGAGGUUGGCAUCAAGGUUACAGUACAGGACGUUCUGACUAAUGUUGAAAAAAUUGUGAGUGUGGCAUAUGCAACAUAUGUAGCCAAACCAGUUGGUGCUGGAGAGAUUGAAUUAGAACCUGUAAAGCUUCUGUCUAGAGAAGACCACCUGGAGCACUCCCUGGCUAUUGAGAGAAGAAGAAUCCGACUGGGCUAUGAGCAGGUCUUUCAGAACCUAAUGCAGGAGAGUAAUAAGGAAGAUUCUUUUGAAGAGGAAGAUGCAGUUUCAACUGACCUUACCCAUGUACAGAGUAUUGAGCUUGUCCAGCCUCCUCAUGCAAACCAUCACGGAAACACUUUUGGUGGCCAGAUCAUGGCUUGGAUGGAGACAGUGGCAAGUAUUUCAGCAAGCCGCCUUUGUCGUUCAUACCCCAUUUUGAAAUCAGUCAAUAUGUUUAAAUUCUGGGGACCGUCCGUCGUGGGUGACCGCCUUGUCUUCAAUGCAAUUGUGAACAAUACAUUCCAGAAUAGUGUCGAGGUUGGUGUUCGUGUUGAGGCUUACAACUGUGAAGAAUGGAUCAAGAACCAAGCACGGCAUAUUAACAGCGCAUUUCUCAUUUUUAACACUGUAAAUGACAAAGGAGAGCUGCUCCCUUUCCCCAGAAUCAAACCUAUUACAAAGGAUGAUAUGAGGCGAUACCAUGGAGCUAUUGCCCGAAGGAGAAUUCGACUAGCCAGAAAAUGCAUGCUGUCUGCUAAGGAAGACAAACCUUCUGAUUCCUGGGAGAGAAGCAACCAGGCAUAUGUGAGUUACAGCAAUAUAGCUGCACUGACACACCUAGCAGCAAAACCAGGAUGGGAGAUAACCAGUACACUGAAUGAUAUAAAAAUAUGGACUCAUGAGGAGGGUGAUGUGUUGUCAUUCAAAGUAGAAAUGCAAGUGAAGAUACCAUCGCAUCUAGCUUUCUCCCUUUUGUCUGACUUCACACUCCGCCAACAGUGGGACAAACAUUUCUUAACUUGUGAAGUCCUCCAGGCUGUGAAUGAAGAUGAGAAAAUAUAUUAUAUUACGUCUCCACCCAUGACUGGCCGUAAACCCAGAGACUUUGUGAUUCUUGUGUCUCAAAGGCAACCCUGUAAGCAAAGUGAACCCUACAUAGUAGCUGCAAAGUCAGUUACCCUUACGUCUAUGCCACCUUCUCCAGAAUACUGCAGAAGUAAAAUCCUUUGUGCUGGAUUCCAGAUCUACACUGACAGCAACAGCUCCUGUACGGUGUGUUACUUCAAUCAAGUGACAUCAGGUGUUAUGCCUUACUUAGCUGCAAAUCUUACUGGCUCAUCAAAAUCCAUUGAAGACACUGCUUUGGAAUGUAUAAAGUUCUUGGAGCUGAAAGACAGCAAGUACUGAAGUUGAAAAUGGGUUUCUGAAGAGACUCUAGAUUAUCAAGCAGUACUGGUUUAAAUUUCUGCAUGUGUGUUGAUCAUUUUUCUACAGGUUAGUUACUUGGGAUCAUGUAGCCAAUAUUGGGUUUGAGCCUGAGAAUAUCUACUACAAGCAUUUUCUAUCAAAUUAAGAUUAGGCUUUAGGCACUAAAUUGAAUUUUUAAUUUUAAAAAGAUUAAGGGACAGGUUCCACUCUUGAUUGCAUUCAUGAAUUUUAUAUAAAUGGAGGCAGAACUUGGUCCAGUAGAACUGUAGCUCAUGAGACUAUUUCACUAUUUUAAUGUUAUAUUGAAAGUGAUAUGGCAUCCAGCCAGUUUUAAAUCAGUAAAUACCACGCUGUCUAAGUUGCAGAGACGUGAUGCAUCUAAGUAGCUUAUCCAGUGCUCUGACCUGGUUGUCCAGGUUCUUGCACACCCAUUAUAUAUAGAUUACACCCUAUUUAAUAUAGUGUUUGCUAACGUUUGCACUUUAUCUGUUAAUAUUUGUUGUUUAUCUGUGACUUCCAAUAAAUUAUUGUUUCUGAGGUUACAAAUUCAUGGUAACUUUUAUUACAGUAUCUGUGGAAUGGCUUCAGACAUUGUUCCAGAAAGACUGCUUUGUAGUGAUGAUGGGGGCUGUUGGCCUCUUACAGCAGUGCCGUGACCUCCGGCUGGCAAGUUCUAUGCAAGACUGUUGUGCUAGCCUUGCACAAAUGCAGAACAGCAAGACUCUUCAACACAUUCUCUCACCGAUGAAAAGGGAGAAUGGUUUCAGAGGUUUUAUUGUGGUGCGUCUACUUUGUUUUCUGCUCUUAUUUUUGCUCAAAAGAGCCUUGUUCAAAAAAAACGAUCAUCAGCAGCUAGAUCGUAACAUGAAUGUGGGAGUGUUAAGAGAGAGAAUCAGAGCAUGUAGUGGUGCUCUUUUAUCUUACUGUAGUCUCAUAAUUGGAAGAGCAAGAGCUCUAGGGGUCUGGUCCCAUUCCCACUUAAGAAAAUAUAUCUUCAAUUUAACAAAAUCAAAGCUUGCAUCAGUGAUUUAUAGGUUACAGCCUGCCUGCACAUUUUGUGUAUCGCAUGUCUACCAAGUGCAGCAGAAGAGCUACCAACUGCAGUCCUGGAAGCCCUCUGGGUACACUAGCACUGUGAGUCACUUGGCCUCUCAACAACGCUGCUUUAGCUUGGGUACAGCUGUGCAGUGAACAAAGCACUAGUGAAAUCAGCUGCUGUCUUCUGUGCCUCACAAGGGCUGGCCACUGUAUGCCAUACAACACCUUUGCACUACUAAUACUGCAUCCAGCUUGGAGUCCUCAGCACAAGAAGGACAUGGACCUGUUGGAGUGAGUCCAGAGGAGGCCACGAAGAUGCUCAGAGGGCUGGAGCACCUCUCCUGUGAGGACAGGCUGAGAGACUUGGGGUUGUUCAGCCUGGAGAAGAGGAGGCUACGGGUAGACCUUAUAGCCCCUUCCAGUAUCUGUAGGGGGCCUACAGGAAAGCUGGAGAGGGACUAUUUACACAUGGGUAGCGUACAAUCCCUCAGUCUAGUGAGUGAGGACAGCAGCCUCAGGACAGCCCCCUCCAGAGUGUGAAAAGCACCAAGGCACCACAUGCCUCCUCCAGGAGUUCAGCUUUCCAAGCCCUGCUCACACUCACCGUGCACAGAUGAUGGCAGACUAUUGAGUGGGCAGGUGAGUCUCUGUUGUCCCAGUUUUUAGUGAACAGAGACACCUAACGUUCAUCUCCAAAUACACGCGUGACACAUCAAACUCUGCCUUCCACCAAGCAUUUAUCAGCUGCCUGAGUGGCUUCUUAGGCAGCUCAGUUUAUAAUUUGCCUUUAGAGACACUGAACUCAGCUGUGAGGCUACCACAGGGUCUAUCUCGAGAACAGCAUUUGGCAUUUCUUAAAUAGUAGUGUUCUGCCAUGCUCAUGCCUCCACAAGAGGUUCUGCCCUCUGCCCCCAACUCUGAGACCUUGGCCACUGCAGUGCGAAGCUGGGCCGCGUUCCAGAUGCAGCCACACAUCAUUGGGGGUGUGUCUUUUUGACAUAGACCGAGGCUUGUAUUUUACCAACCUCUGCGCAACUGCUAAGACAAGGAGAUUCAGGGUUCUGGCAGAAGAAACUGUGCUUAACCUCUUAAUUAUUUGCCUAACUUUUCAAUUUAUUAGUGGGUACAAUGCAUCUUUACAUGCAGCACCUUUUACAGUUGCUUUUCAAAUAGCUUUCUGUAACUACAUGUACCUUUGUGAAAUCACCUGAAGAGAUUAGUGGCUGCAUUUAAGUAGUUUUGUCUGAGUUACUGACAGUUGCUAACCUGUGCAGCUGUUUUAGAGCACAGUGCCUCAUUUUCCUUAGCAGUCACUGAGGCAAGGUGGUGGAGGACAAGGAGAUGGACAUGCUUCCAGUCCCAUGCAAGCAAGUACAUGUGAUUAUCUGAAAACAGCUGCUGCCUUUAUACUGAAAUUCCUGCAGAGACCAUACCCGGGGAUUUUCUAAGUCUGAACAAGUCCAGAACAACAACAGGGCACUAGUCAGGUGCAGGAGCCCAACACGUGCUUCUAUAGUGCAAGACGGAUCAAAGCAUGAGGAAUGAAAUUCAAGGUUGUCUUCAACCAGUGAUGGCUGUUAGGCUCACUGACCUCCAGACGAGCACUACGAGGACUGCAUCACAGGGCUGAAGAGAAGGCUGGGCUCAGAAGGUGGGCAAGCCAGAUACUAGCAUGCCCUGCUUGUGCUCCACCAUUUCAAGAGCAACGGUUGAUCCACGCUUGUGGGAUUUCUUUUGCGACAAUUGUCCUCUCAGCCAUCCUUUUUAAACGGUCCCUUUUGCCAAGCAGAAGUGGCAGUGACCAGCUCUGGGAAGGGAACAGUGAAUUUUCUUUUCGACAAGUUAGUUAUGUGUCGUACACCACAUUAACUUCGCAGCCUGCCAAGGGGAUGCUUUGGCUCAGCUCGCGCUAGCACAGCUGGGUGCCCACGUCCUGCUGAGAACCACAGGGACGCAGCAGCCGCUUCCUCGUGAGAAGAGAGGCUGCGCGCUGAAAACACAACUUGGAGACCAACCCCUUAUCGGGGCAGUACUGGCACCACUGAGAAAGUCAAGGUGCAAGGCUUCAAGUUCCUAUAGGUAAAAAAACAUGUUACAGUACCAAGGAGUUUUAAAGACAGGAAAUGAUCUAAAAAUAAGCUUUUUAAACGAUAUUCAUACAAUAGAAACGGAAACACUUUUUAAGCUGGGAUAAAUGUCUGUUGCAAAAUGUAGACAUUGAAGCGAUGCUGCUUUAAGCUUUAAUCCAAUAGUUAAUUAAAACUCUGUAAUUAAUCCUUGAUUUCAUGCACAUCCAGUCCUCUUCCCCAUUUAAAUGUGUGCUCUGAUUAUUAGAAACCGAACAUACACGCCCUUAGUCACCCUCAUGUGCCUUUGUAUCCAGAGCAGAAUCAAGAAACCUAAAAUAAGAGCUCUAACUACUGUAUUCUUUAGCAGCAUUUUAUUAAAAAUAAUUAACAUGUACAAAUAUAAAAUACACCCACACCAUUAAA